AUGGAUCCAGAUGAUGCUGAGAUUCCCCAAGGCCAAGGGUCGCCAUGGGUAGACGGCAGGAGGCUGCGGCGUUCCGUGCUACAAGCCGGCCCUGUGUCUGUGUCUGAGGUGCUCGGUGACGACAAUCUUCUCAUCGAGAUUCUCCUCCGCCUCCCCCCGAAUCCGUCCUCGCUCCCCCGUGCGUCUACCGUAUGCAAGCGCUGGGGCAGCAUCCUCUCCGAUCCCCAGUUCCGCAAACGCUUCCGCAAGCACCACCGGAAGCCUCCUCUGCUCGGCUUCUUUGAAGGGUAUGCUGACCGCUUCACUUCCAUCAUGGACUCGCCCGACCGUAUCACCGCGGACUGCUUCUCCCUGCCCAAGAGAAGCACACCAUACAGCAACCAUGGAGAAUACAUGGGCUGCCGCCAUGGCCUUGCUGUUGUAAUCAACGAGCAGGUGCGCCAGGCCGUCGUGUGGGACCCCCUCACUAGCCAACAGCACAACGUGGCUUUUCCACCAGGACUAGACGACGCAUUUACAGAGAGUUUCUGUAUGUGGCAUGGCGCGGUGUUGUGCGCUGAUGCCGUUGACGGGCCUGUGCAUGGAGAUUGCUUCUCGAGCCCGUUUAAAUUGGUUUUGGUCUGCUGCGGUGGAUACAAUACGCAGGCAUUUUGUUCUGUCUACGACUCGGCAUCUGGUGUUUGGGGAGGUGUUUUCUCGACCGCGAUAUCACGUACAAUUUCUCUGUUAAGGCCGAGCAUCCUAGUUGGGAAUGAGCUUUGCUGGUUGAUUUCUAGAGGUGAUAUACUUGUGCUUGAUGUCGAAAUUCAGAGCCUCAGUUUCAUCGAGAAGCCGGCAUGCAACUAUAUUUCUGAUGGGUGUUUUCAAAUCUUACGAAUGGAUGAUGGUGGACUUGGCCUCGCCAUUUUGUUGGACCUGACCAUCCAAUUAUGGGAGAGGAAAUCUAAUUGUGAUGGUGUUGUCGAAUGGGUGAUGCUGCAGAAAACCAUUCCACUAGAGGGGAUAUUUCCAAGGAUAAUGCAUUCUUUAUUUUUUGUCGGUUAUGACGAGGACACAAAUGUGAUUGUUCUCACUACGACGACUGGAAAUUUCACACUCGAACUUGACACUAUGAAGAUCAAACGUAUUGUUAAGGGAAACACCAUAUGUUUCGCCACCUUUUAUCCCUACACAAAUUUCUAUACUGCAGGUAGGGGCCCCAUGCCUACAUUGCACAAGCUAAAUACUAUGGUUUUGUGCUUGUAA